GGACAGCUCGAGCGCGCCCGAACAGAGCAGAGGCAGUGCGCGGGCGCGCGCGCCACAGGCCACUCGGUCAGUUUGUCCAACAAGUGCACGUUUCUCUUUCCGGGACCGGUCAACAGUUUUUCUCUACCUUUGAAAUGACAGUAACGCAUGCAUGUUGCAUUCAAAGGACUGCAGGAAGAAAGCGGUGGGGCGUGUUGACAUAAAGCUUAUUUGUUUAUUGACCAAACGCAACAACUUUUAGGAAUUAUUGAAAAUGGCGAUGUGCUUGAUAAAACGUUUGCGGCGCCCUAGUCGUUAGCUGUUAUCAAAAUAGAUUGUUAUUUGUUGUUGUUAUUCAGGUAAAACAGCACUAAUCAUAAGUAAACAAUAAGGAAUAGUGCGUGUGUUGGCGGAGAAAUUUGACAAUUUGAAAAGUAAUGGAAAAUGACGAACCCGAAUCACCGGACCCGAGCCUUGCCAACACUCAGAGUAAACGAGGAACGCCAGGUCCCAAGAAAUCCCAUUUGACUCAGAUAGAGGUGAUCCCAUGUAAGAUCUGUGGAGAUAAGUCAUCAGGUGUUCAUUAUGGAGUUAUAACUUGUGAAGGCUGCAAGGGCUUCUUUCGCAGAAGUCAGUCCUCCAGUGUGCAAUACUCCUGCUCCAGACAGAGUAACUGCCCCAUUGACCGCGCCAGCCGCAACCGCUGCCAGAGCUGCCGACUCAAGAAAUGUGUCUCUCAGGGCAUGAGCCGUGAUGCUGUAAAGUUUGGCCGCAUGUCCAAGCGUCAGAGAGACUCGCUGUUCGCAGAAGUUGAGAGACACAGACAGCAACAACGUCUUCAGGCCAACUCCGUUCAAGAGCCUCAACCUCUCCAAGCCUACCGGCCCGGCAAAGAGCCCAGAGAACAGUCAUCGCAUCUCAUUCCAUCUCACCCCUCGGCUUACCCCUAUUCUGUCGAGUCAGAACUGCCAGGCUGCCCAGCAUCCUUACCUUACCUGGAUUGUCGUGUGAGCGAGGCCCAGGUUCCAGGUCUGGCCUAUAGAGUCUCCCCACACAGAAGGGUGGAGAGCAAUAACUUAACAGCUGAGAGAGGGUUUGACUCCACGAGAUCUACACCGGAAGCCAUCUUGAACAUGACAAGCAGUGAAAUGGGCUUUCGACCUUUUGACCCGGAGAGCUCUUUCUUUUCCUACCCGACCUCUCUGCACAUAGAGGAGCUCUGUGCGAGUAUUGUACGUUCCCACAGAGAGACGACUCAGUACCGUCCAGAGGAGCUGCAGGCUCUCAGGUGGAAGGUUUUUAGCAGGGAGGAGAUCCAUGCUCACCAGAGCAAGUCCAUGGAUGAGAUGUGGCAACAUUGUGCGGUGCGAUUGACAGAUGCCGUUCAGUAUGUGGUGGAAUUUGCCAAGCGUAUCCCAGGUUUCCGUCAGCUCUGUCAGAAUGAUCAAAUCGCUUUGCUUAAGAGUGGAUCUAUGGAAGUGGUUUUGGUGCGGAUGAGUCGGAUGUUUAACACAGAAAACAACAUGGUAUUCUUCGAUGGAAAAUUCGCUGGAACAGAACUUUUCAAAUCUCUUGAACAGCAGAUGGCAGUGUUUAGCGCUCUGGUCCUCCUCAAUGCAGAUCGGCCGGGUCUGGAAAACAGAGAGAAAGUGCAGAGAGCACGGAGAGAUGUGGAACUUGCUCUCAGUCACAUCUUGCACAGGGACAAUCAAGAAACUUUGCUGUAUAAGCUGUAUCAGAGGGUGCCGCUGCUGAAGUCUCUCUGCGCGCUGCAUAUUGAGAAACUGCAAUGGUUCCGUCAACUUUUCCCGCUCACUGUACAUUCCCUCUUCCCUCCGCUAUACAAAGAGCUGUUCGGCUCUGACACAGACAUCCAGACGCUGGCCACACACUGACACACAUUUGUUUGGCAGAGCCGCUGUUUGAAAUGAUCAAUUACAAAUGACGUAUGCAAUCAGGGUCUAUAUGUUCUAUUAACCUGCUGAAGAAAAUAUAUAAGAAUAUAUUUUUGUUACACUCACAAGAACACAAAAUGAGGUUAAGUAUGCAGUCUGAGUGUGAAUUCUAUUACCACAAAUGUUCUGUUCAGUUAUGGUAAUGCUUUUGGUGCAAGCAUUUAAUUUAAUGGGGCAUCCCGAAAGUAUUUUUUGUCUGAGGAUAUAUUUGAACGUUUUGUCUUGAUCCUGGUUUGUAUGCCAUAACUGCUAUAAUAAGUAGAAUGUGAUUGAUAGUGCUGAUGAACCUUUUCAUGCUGCUGAAACGGAUUAUAAAGGAUAUCAGACAUUCAUUUUUUGAUUCACAGGCAAUAUAGAUGGAUACUUAAUACAUGUAUUGCAUUAAUAUAAAUAUGGUCAGCUAUUUUUUUACAUCCACAAUCCCACUGAGGCUUGUUCUGGCACAUGUAAUCCUCAUCUCUCAUUAAUUUCACUUGGAUCUCAGAAGAACCUGUUUUUCCAUGUUCUCCAUCUCACCAUUCCCUUUAGAGAGUUUCAGCUACAUGUGUGUUUCUUGUAUAACUUAAAAUGGGUGAUUCACACUUGAAGUGUGAGUAAUAUCCAUUUCAAAAUCCAUAUGCAUUCAAAGUCAAGUCAAACGUUUUAAUUGGACAAUUAAAUAUUUGGCAAUGUUUAUGCUAAAAGUUCUAAAAAACUAUAAUGCUAGUAGCCUAUACGUUUAGCUAUUUAGACAAUUAGAUGGACAACUGCAUUUUGUCGUAAUGCAUUUCGUCUACUUUAAAGAUUUCUACAAACAAUUUUCCAAACGUUUGUUUGCAGGAGUUCCUUUGCAUUUUUCUUUUAAUGUUUCAGUGAGCUUUCUGCUGUUGUGUUAGCUUUAACUUAUCACAUUUAUGGUUUGCAAAACUGUUAUUGUUUUGAAGUAAAAUUCCCUGCUAUGUUUUGUGUUGUGCAGAAGAGGCCUCAAAUAAAACCCUGAAAACAUAAAUAUAAUUGAUAGGACUUUCAGUGAGAGG